UACAAUUUUUUACUUGCUGGAUAUCUUGAUUGACAGAUGUGUCGUCCAAUAAGCGGGAAGUAUUCCAUUCGCAAAAUAUACCUACCUUUUCCGUUAUAUCUGACUUGUUAAUGUGUUUAUAGUUUUGUUUUCAUAUUUUAGUUCUCACACUUUAACCGAGUCAGUAAACUCAGUAUAUAAACACACCCAACACUGUGUGAGGUUCUUCCUGAAGAAGAGAUGAAGACGCUGCACUUGUCUGUGAUUCUGCUCACGCUGUCCGGAGUUCUCGCUCACAGUGAUUGGGGUGUGAACUAUCCCAAUAAUCCGAUCUGUGCUGUGAGAGGAUUCAGUGUCUCCAUUCCCUGUAGUUAUUCUUAUCCAAAAUCAAAACCCAAUAUUCAGGUGAUACAAAUGCUUUGGUGCUCAAUGAACUCAAACACAGAUAAGUGUCAAAACCCCCCGUAUGUUUAUAACAGCUCAUCAAUCACCACAUCAGACUUUGAGUACGCUGGAGACAACAAAUCAAACUGCACUUUGUUAAUCCACAAUGUACAGUUCAGUUAUUCUGGAGAGUACAGAUUCAGAUUUAUAACUGAUGUGAGCGGUGGCAUGUGGACAGGUGAACCUGGAGCGACUCUACAAGUUGCAGAUUUAAAGGUGUCACUAAUCAGGCUCAGUGGAAUCGGAACCCUUAAACAAGGAGACUCGUUAAAUCUGACGUGUGAUGUGAACUGCACACAAAGUUCCUCACAGUUUGUGUGGUCUAAGAACAACGAGCGCUUAAAUACAUCAGGACCCGUUCUUCACUUUCCUGCUGUAACCGUGAGGGAUUCUGGGAAUUACAGCUGCACUUGGAAAACCAACAGGGCGUCAGGAUCUGAAACGAUCAGCCUUCUCGUCGAGGGUGGUUGGGGUGUGAAUUAUACCACGCCGAUCUGUGCUGUGAGAGGAUUCAGUGUCUCCAUUCCCUGUAGUUAUUCUUAUCCACAGCACAAUUAUCAAGUGACACAAAUGCUUUGGUGCUCAAUGAACUCAAACACAGGAGGGUGUCAUAACCCCCCGUAUGUUUAUAACAGCGCAUCAAUCACCACAUCAGACUUUGAGUACGCUGGAGACGACAAAUCAGACUGCACUUUGUUAAUCCACAAUGUACAGUUCAGUUAUUCUGGAGAGUACAGAUUCAGAUUUAUAACUGAUGUGAGCAGUGGCAUGUGGACGGGUGAACCUGGACAGAUCCUACAAGUUUCAGAUUUAAAGGUGUCACUAAUCAGGCUCAGUGGAAACGGAACCCUUAAACAAGGAGACUCGUUAAAUCUGACGUGUGAUGUGAACUGCACACAAAGUUCCUCACAGUUUGUGUGGUCUAAGAACAACGAGCGCUUAAAUACAUCAGGACGCGUUCUUCACUUUCCUGCUGUAACCGUGAGGGAUUCUGGGAAUUACACCUGCACUUGGAAAACCAACAGGGCGUCAGGAUCUGAAACGAUCAGCCUUCUCGUCGAGGGUGAAAAUCAGUGGACAAUCUGGAUCAUUGUUUUGGUGAUAGCUGGAGUGAUUUUCAUUUCAGUGACUGGAGCUGUGAUUUACAACAGGAGGUUUCUGUGUGAUUGCAGGUUUGUCCACACUGAGCAGCAGAAAGAGGACGAUUCUACCAUCUAUGAAAAUGCACAGCAGCAGAUGGGCAGUUUUGCUAUCUAUGCUAAUGUAAAGUAACAGAGCUGAUUACAGUUUCACACCUCAGUAACUCUAUUUAUGUCUUCAUUUUGUGAAUUUCUGAAAAAGAAAAAAAAACUAUAUACAGAAUACACACUUGCUAUGUACUGCAUUUGAACUAAUUUUUAAAAUCAAGCUGUCCAGUCCUGGACGCAGCGAAGUAACCCCAAACCAUAACAUUUACACCACCAUGCUUCACAGUUGGUAUGAGGUGCUUCUCCUAAAAAGCUGUCUUUUUUUCCUGCUUAGUUCUCUGUAGUGAACAGCCAGAGGUUUUUCCCCUGAUGGUCAUAAGUUUAUGCCUUUAGUUUCUCCUUUGUUCCUUUAUUCUUGCUAGGUUAUCUGGGUUUCUUUGUUUUGGUUUGCUGUAGGAUGAGUGUCUGUAGGAUGAGCGUCAGUCCUCAUAGCUUUUUAAAGAGAUCUUUUAAUUCUCUUGCAAGAACUCUUUAGAUCUUGGCAUGAUGACUCCACACACCUCAAUAGCAAAGGGGACACCAGACAAUAGAUAUGAGAGUGGUAUAAAUAAGACCGGUUCCACCUGCACUCCCUGAGCAGGUUCUAAUCACUGACACCCGAUCUUCAACACCUGAUUCUACUUUUAUGGAUUUGAAGGUGUGAUAAAUAUAGGGGUGUACUUACUUUUUCCAUGUGACUUAUCUGUUUUUUUUUGUUAAAUUGUGAAAGUUAAUACAAAAUGUCAAUGCUAUGUCAUUUGAUAGAGCGCAUCACCUUUAUUAAUAGGCACCGUUUCAAAGAGGAUCAAAUGUUUGCUUGUCCAAAUAUGUAAAAACAAACAAACAACAAUUUCCAUGGGGUGCACUUAUUUCUUCACAUAACUGUAAAUGUAAUUGUUUUAGAAUUUGUGAUCUUUCCCAGUGUGUUGUGUAUUUGUGUAUUUUUUGAACUUUUUAAAAUGCUUAAGGUGGAAAAAAAAACCCUUAAUGCUGCUUAAAUAAAAUAAGUGACACCAAAUAUAUAUAUAUUUCUAUAUUUAGUUUAUUUGGAUGUUCUUUUGAUAAUAGACGGCAAUAAAUACAUUAAGCUGUUUAUUAUAAGAGGUUUAUCAUGUGAAAAAGCUUAACGUGAAACACUGAUUGUAUUUAGUUUAGUAUAACAGACAGUAUAAUCAAUAAAGUGU